GGCACUCACCAUGCAAAAGGACUCCAUCAUGCCGGUUGCUACUGUUAAAGGAUCCUUUAAAACUUCUUAAAAAUUCAGCGAGAUUUUUAUCCUUAAUCUGGAAUAACUGGUUCUGUAAGGGUAAAGGAUCUUAUUUUGUGUGCGAUGUUGGAUUCUCAGAAAGGGAAGUCGGGCACUCGGGGUCUGCUAUUCUCGCUUCUGCUCGUCUCAGCCUGGGAGGCCGGGAGCGGCCAGGUCCACUACUCGGUCCCCGAGGAGGCCAAACACGGCACCUUCGUGGGCCGCAUCGCGCAGGACCUGGGGCUGGAGCUGACGGAGCUGGUGCCGCGCCUGUUCCGGGUGGCGUCCAAAGGCCGCGCGGACCUUCUGGAGGUGAAUCUGCAGAACGGCAUUUUGUUCGUGAAUUCUCGGAUCGACCGCGAGGAGCUGUGCGGGCGGAGCGCGGUGUGCAGCAUCCACCUGGAGGUGAUCGUGGACAAGCCGCUGCAGGUUUUCCACGUGGAGGUGGAGGUGAGGGACAUUAACGACAACCCGCCGGUGUUCUCCCUCAGAGAACAAAGGCUGCAGAUUUUUGAAUCAAAGCAACCGGACUCGCGUUUUCCGCUAGAGGGAGCUUCCGAUGCGGAUACAGGAGAGAAUGCUCUACUGACCUACAGAUUAAGUCAAAAUGAGUAUUUUUCUUUAGAAUUACCAACAAGUAGUAAGAUGACUAAAAGACUGUCACUUGUAUUAAAGAAGUCUCUGGAUAGAGAGAAAACUCCGGAACUUAAUUUGCUACUGACUGCUACAGAUGGGGGGAAACCGGAGCUCACAGGCACCGUUCAGCUCUUGGUCAGCGUACUGGAUGUUAACGACAACGAUCCGGAGUUUGAUCAAUCAGAAUACAAAGUGAGAUUGCUGGAAAACGCUGCUAAAGAAACUUUUGUGAUAAAGUUAAAUGCCACAGAUCGAGAUGAAGGAGUCAAUGGAGAGGUAACAUACACUUUGAUAUCAGUUAAGCCCAAUGGAAGACCCUUAUUUACACUAGAUGAAAAUAAUGGAGAAGUGAGGGUCAAUGGAACUUUAGAUUAUGAAGAAAACAAGUUUUAUGAAAUUGAAGUACAGGCCACAGAUAAGGGGAAUCCGCCCAUGGCAGGUCACUGUAUAGUGUGGGUAGAAAUCUUAGAUGCCAACGAUAAUGCCCCUGAAGUCACCAUGACUUCCCUGUCCCUCCCCGUACGAGAGGACGCUCAGCCUAGCACCGUCAUUGCGCUGGUCAGCGUAUCCGACCGUGAUUCCGGUGCCAAUGGGCAGGUGGCCUGCUCUCUGACGCCCAACAUCCCCUUUAAGCUGGUGUCCACCUUCAAGAAUUACUACUCAGUGAUGCUGGACAGCGUCCUCGACCGUGAGAGCGUGUCGACCUACGAGCUGGUGGUGACAGCGCGGGACCGGGGAUCACCUUCUCUGUCGGCCACAACCAGCAUAUUAGUGGAGGUGGCCGACGUUAACGACAACGCACCCACGUUCGCCCAGCCCGAGUACACGGUGUUCGUGAAGGAGAACAACCCGCCGGGCUGCCACAUUUUCACAGUGUCAGCGCGCGACGUGGACGCGCACGAGAACGCGCUGGUGUCCUACUCACUGGUGGAGCGGCGGGUGGGUGAGCGCACUCUGUCGAGCUACGUGUCGGUGCACUCCGAGAGCGGCAAGGUGUACGCGCUGCAGCCGCUGGACCACGAGGAGCUGGAGCUGCUUCAGUUCCAGGUGAGCGCGCGAGACUCUGGCUUCCCACCUCUGGGCAGCAACGUGACACUGCAGGUGUUCGUGCUUGACGAGAACGACAACGCGCCGGUGCUGCUGCCACCUGUGUCCCCCGGCGUGAGCGGCCCUGUGAGCGAGCUGGUGCCACUGUCAGUGGGUGCGGGCCACGUGGUGGCGAAGGUGCGCGCGGUGGACGCAGACUCGGGUUACAACGCUUGGCUGUCAUACGAGCUGCAACCGGCCGCGGGAGGCGCGCGCAGCCCGUUCCGCGUGGGGCUGUACACGGGUGAAGUGAGCACGAGCCGAGCCUUGGACGAGGCGGACGUGCCACAACAGCGCCUGCUGGUGCUGGUGAAGGACCACGGGGAGCCGCGGCUGAUGGCCACAGCCACCGUGCUGGUGUCGCUGGUGGAGAGCAGCCAAGCGUUGAAAACGUCGUCGCGGGCGUCAGUGGGAACCGCAGGCCGGGAGACGGCGCUGGUGGAUGUCAACGUGUACCUGAUCAUCGCCAUCUGUGCAGUGUCCAGCCUGAUGGUGCUCACGCUGCUGUUGUACACCGCGCUGCGGUGCUCUGCGCCGCCCACAGAGGGCGCGUGCGGGCCGGGGAAGCCCACGCUGGUGUGCUCCAGCGCGGUGGGGACCUGGUCGUACUCACAGCAGAGGCGGCAGAGGGUGUGCUCUGGGGAGGGACCGCCCAAGACCGACCUCAUGGCCUUCAGCCCCAGCCUACCUCCGGGUCUGGAUAGACAAGACAGAGAGGAAAGGUUGGAGGCAGGAUCAAAUCACCCUGAACAGGUGAGUUUUGUACAGACUCCACCUCUUCAGGAAGUCUACGUUAAUUUUUUAUAA